UUUGAAUUUCCUUCCAUGACAAAUGCUUUUCAGAGCGCAACUCUCAGUCAUUAUACUUGGCGUCUAUGGAAUGCUGUAAAAACACUAGGAGUCGACAUUCUCCAGAACAGAUGUUCUGUCGACUGCAUUCGCCACUGCCCGGACACUUCUCACAGCAGGUGUGGUUGAGAAACACGUGCCUGGAGUGACGGGAGCUAUGCCCACUGAAAGUACCGACAGAACCCUGAUUGUUUUGGCUGAUGUCCCUCUCAGGAAGCCAUCAUCUGUGAAUCAAUCCGCCGUGGCCUGUGGGAUCUCGACUCUGCCCCGUGUUUGCUGGGACUCUGAGCUCGGUUUGGCUGUGCUGUGGGUGGUCUUGGCUGGGCUUUUGAUCUUGGCAUUGCUGUAUCGGGUGCUCCUGCUGCGCCACAGGCUCCGCGUCGCUCAGGCCGGGAAUGCUCUGGAAUACUUCGGCUUCUACCACAUGGCUCAGUAUGAUCUAAAAGAGCCCAGCCUGCCUGUAGUGACCCCCUCUCUUCCCUCCCCACCUCCACCUGUUCUCCGCCACACUCCUCCACCUCCACCGCCAGUGUUUUACGUGCCUCCCCCCAUCAUCCACACCACCCCACCCAGCCCUCACCCAUCAUGUGGAGCCAGCUCGGAUGCAGAGGUGUACUCGCGGAUCGGAGUCCUGCGACCCUCCAGACUCUCCAGUGUGAGUCAGACGCAGGUGAUCCUGUUUGAACACUCUGCUCUUUGACAAUGCUUUCAAGUACAAGCACAGCUGUUUUCACUUUGUGUGCUUAUUUUUGGGCUGUUCAGCCAAUCUCCCGCUUUCUAAGUACUGUCCUCUUUGAAUUUUCAUUGGACAUUUUUUAAUGCGUUUAUGCAUUUUUUUGUAUCAUUAUUUAAAUGUUUUUAUGCAUUUAAAUGCUUUGAAAUGUGUUUCCUAUGUUAGGAAAUGUAACAGGAAAAUACAGGGUUGUCUUUUUCCUGAAUCUGCCUUUGUAAUUUCCUUUUAAAGGGUGGGAUUUCCUGAGGAGACUUUCCAUUGCUUUUUUUCCUCUCUGUCCUCUUUGAAUUUCAGAGUUAUUUCUCUUUCACUGUAAUAAUGAUGUAUUAAAAAACACAUUAUAAAAUAAAUAUAAAUAAAUAUACUUCUAUUCAAAAGUUAGGGGUCGGUAAAAUGUCUCACCAAUUGGCUCACAAAUGCUGCUUGUGACAUACACCUAGUGGGUGCUUUCUUCCGUUACCUUGUGGGUAACUGUAGCCUUCUGCCAGGAGCAGAUGUCGUCAGGUGGUACACAACCUUCACUGGGUGUUUCGGCCCUCAACCAAAGAUUAAUUAAGAACUCUUUAUUUUAAAUUGCCAACAUUGAAGACAGCUGAUGUUAACAAGCAGAAUC